AACUUAACAAAAAAAUUUCAAACAACAUGUGGAAAGCCAAUACAUUUUCUCCGGGUUCCCUUCCAAUAUGUCACAUUAAAACAUCAUAUCACGUUCAUAAUUCCUCAAUGAAGCAUUUCACUCCGCCGACAGGUAUUCUUGAUGUACAAUCAAAACCAUUACAUCUUCGUCGGAUCAAAGUAAACGUUUGCAGAGUAGGAAGUGGAGGCAAGACAAUUAGAUAAAAAGAAGGGUUUCAUGGAACACAUUAGAAGGGUUUUCAUAGUAUUUCUCCAUACGACACCGCAUGGGUUGGCCUCAUUGAAAAUGUCGAUGAUAGUGGUUCCCCACAGUUUCCAUCCUCUAUAGAAUGGAUUGCGGAAAAUCAACUACAAGAUGGUUCAUGGGGCGAUGCACAUGAUUAUUCUGUUUAUGAUCGAUUGUUGAACACUGUCGCUUGUGUGGUUGCAUUGAGAUCAUGGAAUAUGCAUCCCGAAAAGAGUGAAAGAGGAAUAAAGUUUCUCAAAGAGAUCUCAUCGAAAAUUGAAAGUACAAACCUUGACAGCUUGACUUGUGGGUUUGAGAUCACAUUUCCUCCACUUCUCCAAAGAGCACGAAAGUUGGGCAUCGAAAUUACAUAUUUUGAUGGUCCUUUUCUGAGAGAAAUCUCUGCAUUGAGAGAUCUAAAGUUAUCAAGGAUUCCAAGGGACAUAAUGCACGAGGUGCCAACACCGAUACUCUACAACUUGGAAGGAAUUGAAGGAGCACUGGAUUGGGAAAAAUUAUUAAAGCUAAAAACAGAAGAAGGGUCUUUCUUAACAUCUCCUUCUGCUACAGCUUUUGCAUUUAUGCAAACUGGCGACCAUAAUUGCUUGGGUUACCUUAACUAUAUUGUCACAACAUUCAACGGCGGAGCCCCAACAGUUUACCCGAUCGAUAUAUUCGCCAGACUGUGGGCCGUUGACCGUCUUCAACGCCUUGGAAUUUCUCAUCUUUUCGACAAACAAAUUGGGGAGUGCUUGGAGUAUGUUCAUAGAUUUUGGACGAGAAAUGGAGUUUUCAGUGGAAGGAAAGCUACAGUUUGUGAUUUGGAUGACACUUCCAUGGGUUUUAGGCUUCUAAGGCUACAAGGCUAUAAUGUUAGCGCUGAUGUAUUUAAACAUUUCAAGUCAAAUGACAACAAGUUCUAUUGCCUGGGUGGGGAACUAAACGCAUCCCCGACGACUUUGCUAAAUCUUUAUAAGGCUGCUCAAGUGAGAUUUCCAGGGGAAACUGUUCUUGAAGAAGCUGAAAAUUUCUCCUUUGAAUUUCUCAAGGAGAAGAUUUCACACAACGAAAUCGUGGAUAAAUGGGUUAGAUCCAAGGACAUUGCAGGAGAGUUGAAAUUCGGAGUUGAAAUUCCAUGGUACGCUUGCUUACCCCGCCUUGAAGCGAGAUCCUACAUUGAACAAUAUAGUGGUGCAAAUGAUGUGUGGAUUGGAAAAACAUUUUAUCGAGUGGCAGAAAUUAGCAACAAUCAUUACCUGGAGGUCGCCAAGUUAGAUUUCAACGAGUGUCAAAUUCAGCAUCAACUUGAGUGGACAAAUAUGCUCAAGUGGUGGAAAAAAUGCAAGCUUGAACAGUAUGGAUUAAAAAGAGAAGAUCUUGUUGUAACUUUCUUCUUAGCAGCUGCAAGUAUAUUCGAACCGGGAAGAUCAGCAGAGCGAUGUGCAUGGACUAAAUCUCGGGCAAUUAUUCAAUUACUUCAAGUGUACUUCAAUAAUAUUGCCAUAUCAAGGGAAAAAAGAGAGGCUUUUCUGUCAACAUUCAAAGGCAAUUCAUAUAAUGGCCUCAUCGACAGAUUAGAUGAGAUGGGAAAGGGACUUUACUGGAUCAUACGAGAAUUUAUAUAUGAACUGUCCAUUGAUACAUUUCAGAAGCUGCAAAGGGAUAUAUGUCAACAGUUGACUUAUAUGUGGGAGACAUGGUUGAUAGAGUCAUUCGAUAUUAUUGAAAAUGGAAGCUUCCCAAAUCAAGGUGCAUUUAUAGCAAACAUAAUCAACCUUUGCAGCGGAAAUUAUUUGUCGGUAUCAAAUGAGUUUUUAUCCCACGAAGAGUCGUUCAAGCAUAUCUCUGAUCUCACCAACAAAAUUUGUCUUCAUCUAUACCGAUAUGAGAAAAACAAGGAAACUACAAAUGGAAAACCUAUGAGAAAGAUGGGGAGGAUCAAUUCAAUGGAGAUUGAAGAAAGCAUGCAAGAUCUCUUGCAAUUGGUAGUUCAAAAUGAGCCCGUCAAUGACAUCCUCAAUCAAAAUGUGAAGCAAACAUUUCUAAAAGUUGCCAAAGCUUUCUACUACACUGCCUACGUUGACUAUAAAACCCUAAACACCGAUAUUGCUAAAGUGCUCUUUGAGCCAAUACUUCUGUAAUUAAUAAUAUUCGUACACUUUCCUGUGUCUUGUUUUUUGGUUGUACUUGUGCAAUAUUAAUUGAUUUCCCGAAC